GCCAAAAUGUCAGUACACACUGCUCCUAAUAGAUAUAACAGCAAUAUCCUUGGUAUUACUUCUACCCCAAAGAGUUCUUCACUAAGUGCCCUCACCCACAGUAGCAGACUUAAGUUGCGUUUGAAGUCGGAUAUGUCAGAAUGUGAAAAUGAUGAUCCAUUAUUGAGAUCUGCAAGUAAAACCAGAGACAUAAAUAGCACUUAUGUUAUUUCUGCCAGUAAAAAAACGGAAGACGUAUCCCUUACCCCUAACCCUGUAGGUAAAUUGGUACUUCAGAGAAGAACUACAAGGAACAAAGAACCAUCUUUGCUUGGUAGUGAGUUGGGAGACACAACUGAAAAAACAGCAGAAAAAUGUCUUACACUACAACGUCGUGCUAAAACAGAGUCUUCGGAAAAGUGGAAAACAGCUAAAACAGAUUACAUGGAGAAGUGGAAAACAAUGCAGGAUGUGGGAGGCGAAAGAGAAAAUAAUUGUGCUUCAAAGGAAACUACUACAAAUGUAAAUACUGUAAAUAAUGUUAAAAACUCUUUUGUUGCAUCUCCUGUACCUUUAGCUAAAGAUCCAAAAGACACUGAAAUGGUGGCUGAUGAGAAAUACAAAGAAACAUUUUCUGCAACCAGUGGGGCAAAUGAAAAUGUUACACUUAAGUACUCAAGUAACAGAGUACCCGCUGGUUCCCAGAGUCAAACUGAAGUUGUUAAAUCAGGACACUUGGCAGCGAAACCUAUUCAGAGCAAGUUGGAUGUGAAAGUGUUAGGAAUAGGAAACUUACAUCAAAGAAAUAUUGGGAAGGACAUUGCAAAAAAUUCAAAUAAAUUUGGAAGCUUAGAGAAAACACCUACGAAAUGUAUAACAGAACACAAAUUGACACCAAAGUGUGGCAUGCCUCAGCUUAAGAGCCCAGCCGCCUCAGGACUGAAGAACAGGGUGCCUAACCUUCAAGUUAAACAAAGGCCAAAAAGUUCUCUUCUUGUGAAUAAAAGGGAAAGUUCACAAGAGAAUACGCUCCCUGCUGUGGAACAAACUGCAGUUCAGAACACCUGUAAAGAAACAGACCCCUUAAAAAUAGAGAACAGUCGAGUGACAGUGGCAGUACGGGUAAGGCCUUUCACCAAGAGAGAGAAGAUUGAAAAAGCAUCCCAGGUGGUCUUCAUGAAUGAGGAAGAAAUAACUGUGGAACAUCCUGACAUGAAACAAGUUUAUAAUUUUAUUUAUGAUGUUUCGUUCUGGUCUUUUGAUGAGUGUCAUCCUCACUACGCUAGCCAGACAACUGUCUAUGAGACGCUAGCAGCACCACUCCUAGAAAGAGCCUUUGAAGGCUAUAAUACCUGUCUUUUUGCCUACGGUCAGACUGGCUCUGGAAAAUCAUAUACGAUGAUGGGAUUUAGUGAAGAACCAGGAAUAAUUCCAAGAUUUUGUGAAGAUCUUUUUGCUCAAGUAGCCAAAAAACAAUCCCAAGAGGCCAGCUAUCACCUUGAAAUGAGCUUCUUUGAAGUAUAUAAUGAAAAAAUUCAUGACCUUCUGGUUUGUAAAGGUGAAAAUGGGCAGAGAAAGCAACCACUGAGAGUAAGGGAACAUCCUAUUUCUGGACCAUAUGUUGAAGCACUGUCCAUGAACGUUGUCAGUUCUUACUCUGAUAUCCAGAGUUGGCUAGAAUUGGGAAAUAAACAAAGAGCAACAGCUGCUACUGGUAUGAAUGAUAAAAGCUCCCGAUCUCAUUCAGUUUUUACCCUGGUGAUGACCCAGACCAAGACAGAAUUUGUGGAAGGGGAGGAACAUGAUCACAGAAUAACAAGUCGCAUAAACCUAAUAGAUCUGGCAGGCAGUGAGCGCUGCUCUAUGGCUGGCACCAGUGGAGACCGGCUGAAGGAAGGUGUGAGUAUUAACAAGUCCUUGCUAACUUUGGGAAAAGUUAUAUCUGCACUCUCUGAACAAGCAAAUCAAAAGAGGGUUUUUAUUCCUUAUCGUGAAUCUGUUCUUACAUGGCUGUUAAAAGAAAGUCUUGGUGGAAAUUCAAAAACCGCAAUGAUUGCUACAAUUAGUCCUGCUGCCAGCAACAUAGAAGAAACUUUAAGCACGCUUAGAUAUGCUAGCCAAGCCCGUUUGAUAGUCAAUAUCGCCAAAGUAAAUGAAGAUAUGAAUGCUAAGUUAAUUAGAGAAUUGAAGGCAGAAAUUGAAAAGCUAAAAGCUGCUCAGAGAAACAGUCGGAACAUUGACCCUGAACGAUACAGGCUCUGUCGUCAAGAAAUAACAUCCUUAAGAAUGAAACUGCAUCAACAGGAGAGAGACAUGGCAGAAAUGCAAAGAAUUUGGAAAGAAAAGUUUGAACAAGCUGAAAAAAGAAAACUUCAAGAAACAAAGGAAUUACAGAAAGCAGGAAUUACAUUUCAAAUGGACAACCAUUUGCCAAACCUUGUUAAUCUCAAUGAAGAUCCACAACUAUCAGAGAUGCUGCUCUAUAUGAUAAAAGAAGGAACAACUACAGUUGGAAAGUAUAAACCAAACUCAAGCCAUGAUAUUCAGUUAUCUGGGGUGCUGAUUGCUGAUGAUCAUUGUUCUAUCAAAAAUUUUGGUGGGACAGUGAGUAUCAUCCCAGUUGGGGAAGCAAAGACAUAUAUAAAUGGACAAUGUAUUUUGGAACCCACGGUAUUACAUCAUGGUGAUCGGGUGAUUCUUGGUGGAGAUCAUUAUUUUAGAUUUAAUCAUCCAGUGGAAGUCCAGAAAGGAAAAAGACCAUCUGGUAGAGAUAUUCUUAUAAGCGAGGGUCCAAAAGACUUUGAAUUUGCAAAAAAUGAGUUGCUCAUGGCACAGAGAUCACAACUGGAAGCGGAAAUAAGUCAGGCACAGUUGAAAGCAAAGGAAGAAAUGAUGCAAGGCAUCCAGAUUGCAAAAGAAAUGGCUCAGCAAGAGCUUUCCUCUCAAAAAGCUGCGUACGAAAGCAAAAUAAAAGCACUGGAAGCCGAACUGAAAGAAGAGUCUCAGAGGAAGAAAAUGCAGGAAAUAAAUAACCAAAAGGCUAAUCACAAAAUUGAGGAAUUAGAAAAGGCAAAGAAGCAUCUUGAACAGGAAAUAUAUGUCAACAAAAAGCGAUUAGAAAUGGAGACUUUGGCGACAAAGCAGGCUUUAGAAGACCAUAGCAUCCGCCAUGCAAGAAUUCUGGAAGCGUUAGAAACUGAAAAACAAAAAAUUGCUAAAGAAGUAGAAAUUCUACAGCAGAAUCGGAGUAAUAGGGAUAAAACUUUUACAAUUCAGACAAAUUGGAGCUCCAUGAAACUCUCAAUGAUGAUUCAGGAAGCCAAUGCUAUCAGCAGCAAAUUAAAAACAUACUAUGUUUUUGGCAGACAUGAUGUAUCAGAUAAAGGUAGUUCUGACACUUCUAUUCGGAUUCGCAACCUGAAACUAGGGAUCUCAACUUUCUGGAGUCUGGAAAAGUUUGAAUCUAAACUUGCAGCAAUGAAAGAACUUUAUGAGAGUAAUGGUAGUAACAAGAGUGAAGAUGUCUUUUGUGAUCCUGAAGAUGAAUGGGAACCUGACAUUACAAAUGCACCUGUUUCUUCAUAUUCUAGAAGGAGGAGCAGGAGUUUGAUGAAGAAUAGAAGAAUUUCUGGUUGUUUACAUGACAUACAAGUCUACCCAAUUCAGAAUUUGCAUUCUUCACGUGCAUCAGGUGUAAUGGAGAAAUCAAGCACCAUUUACUCAAAUUCAGCAGAAUCAUUUCUUCCUGCAAUUUGCAAAGAACUGAUUGGUUCAUCAUUAGAUUUUCUUGGGCAGAGUUAUGAUGAAGAAAAAACUAUAGCAGAUAGCCUGAUGAACAAUUUUCUCAAAAUUUGUGAUGCACUAUUUGCCAUUUCCAAAGCUCACGAAGAACAAGAUGAAGAAAGUCAAGAUAACUUAUUUUCUUCUGAUCGAGCAACCCAGUCACUCAGUAUCCAGAUUGCAUGUGCUUUCGAGCAGCUUGUGGUGCUAAUCAAACAUUGGCUGAAUGAUCUUCUACCUUGCACUCGCAUAGCAAAACUUGAGGAUGAACUGAGAGAAGAAGUUAAAAAACUGGGAGGCUACUUACAGUUAUUUUUGCAGGGAUGCUGUUCAGAUAUUUCAUCAAUGGUAAAAGAAGCUCAAAAGAAAGUGAUCCAAACUGUACAACAAGCUGUCAAGUAUGUGGGACAAUUAGCAGUUCUGAAAGGGAGCAAGCUACAUUUUCUGGAAAACAGUGACAAUAAAGCUGCCAGUGUCCAGGAGGAAUUCACGGAUGCUGUUUGUGAUGGCGUAGGCUUAGGCAUGAAGAUCCUUUUAGAUUCUGGACUGGAAAAAGCAAAAGAACUUCAGCGUGAACUCUUAAGGCAAAGUACACAAAAUGAGGUACACAGAGCCCACUCUGAGCUCGCUCUCUCCCGGCCGGUGCCCUUGCGCGGGCCGUACAUCACCAGCGAGCUUCCCCCAGACGACCGUCUCCGCCAUGCGUCACCCAGGCGCCUCAGCCUUCACGUCACCAAGUGGAGACGGCGAGGGCACGAGGUACCCGAGGGCUGCGGCGAGGCGUCCCCGGUGGUCUGUGUGAGGCGCUCAGACCGGGCGACGUCUGUGAGAAACCGAGGCUGUUCCAGAAACUCCCGGUUGCAGGAGCGCUCUGAGGAGAGACCGAUGCAGAUCAUGGAACCUCUGGAACAGUUUGAGAAAACCGACCUGGAAGAGAGGCCGGGAGGGGUCGGGUGUGGGGACAUCUAG